AUGCUGGAAUCGCGGCUCCUUCCUGACCGGACCACCCUGAGGAGAUACACGGAAGCAGGGCUGGUGGCGUGGUCCCUCCGGUUCUGCCGGCAGCAUCAGGAGGUGCUGAGACACAUUCCGUGGCAGUUGGAGAGAGGACUGGCUGCCACGAUGGAGAGGGAGGAAGACGUAUUGACCCUCUAUAGUCCUGAGGUUCCUAAAAUGAAGAAUAGCCGUCAGUACCAGCAGCCCACCCUCCCCACCGACACGCACCCCACCGCCUCGAUGCCGCCCUGGAGGCGGCGGCAGCACGUGGACCAGACACGCAGCUACGUCCGGAUGUUCUGUGGCUGCCUCGGUGGCUUCGGCCUCCUGAUGCUGGCCUGCGUGUCCCCGCUGAGCUGGGUGCGGUUGCUGCUGGUGGAGAAUGGCCUCGAGCUCUACGCGGGACUCUGGACCUUAUGCAGCCGCGAGCUGUGCUGGGACCACACCCCCAAGCCACCCUAUUAUCUCCAGUACUCCAGGGCCUGCUUCCUCAUCUCUGUCCUCACCAUGCUCCUGAGCCUUGGCUGGCUCUUCAGCUCUUGCCUCCCUAGGAGUGGAAGCAUGACCGCCAACUUGGAUCUGAAGGUAUCCGUGCUCAGCUUCACCUCAGCCACCUGCUUACUCCUCUGCCUCAGAAUAUUUCGGGCGCAGGUCCUCUGGCACACUACGGACGCCAUACAGUCCGAGUUCCUGUGGGCCUAUUAUUUUGGAUGGUGGAGUGACCUGCUCUUCACAUGUGCUGGAAUUAUCUCUUUCCUCAAUCACGUAACUUCCAGAUCUCCUCCCCAUGAUGACGAUGUCCCCGUGGCCCCAGCAGAGGCGCCACGGCUGGGCAUUGGCCCGGUGACUGUGGAUUUGCCUGCUGAGGAUGAAGGCUCAACCCUCAAGAUGGAAUCUUAAACUCUAUUGCCCGUGACCAAAGAGCACUGUAUCAUUGUGUCCAAUCUAGCUGCAUCCCCACAUCAACCCUAUCUUGUUGAUACAGUGUUCAUGGAGACUUAG